CUGUUUCCGGCUGUGAGACUCUCAGCUUGCACCAGCACAGGUUUAGACCUGAGAUUCAACCAUGCCUUUGGCUAGACUUCCUGAUUGGCUGUAUGUUAUAGCCUGUGGGUUCCUGCUUCUCCUCCAGCAUGUGCACGGCCAGGACUCAGCCAGCCCCAUCAGGAACACGCACACGGGUCAGGUGAGAGGCAGCUUUGUCCAUGUGAAGGACACUAAAUCUGGUAUCCACACCUUCCUGGGAAUUCCCUUUGCCAAGCCUCCUGUAGGACCACUGCGCUUUGCACCUCCCGAGGACCCUGAGCCAUGGAGUGGUGUGAGAGAUGCGACCUCAGAGCCGGCCAUGUGUCUGCAGACUGCUAUGAUGAAUUUAGAGGGUAUGAAGGAGACACAAUUGACAAUGCUUCCUAUGUCUGAGGACUGCCUGUAUCUCAACAUCUAUGUACCAGCUCAUGCCCAUGAGGGCUCUAACCUGCCUGUGAUGGUAUGGAUCCACGGUGGUGGGCUGGUUGGAGGAUCAGCUUCCAUGAAUGAUGCAUCCACACUGGCAGCUACUGAGGAAAUAGUAAUUGUCUCCAUCCAGUAUCGUUUGGGUGUCCUUGGCUUCUUCAGCACUGGAGACCAGCAUGCCAGAGGCAACUGGGGAUACCUGGACCAAGUGGCUGCCCUACGCUGGGUCCAGCAAAAUAUUGCUUACUUUGGGGGAAACCGUGACAGCAUCACUAUAUUUGGAGUCUCAGCAGGAGGCACAAGUGUGUCUUCCCAUGUUGUGUCACCCAUGUCCAAAGGACUCUUUCAUAGAGCCAUUAUGCAGAGUGGAGUGGCCCUGCUGCCUGGCCUCAUCUCUGACACUUCUGAGGUGGUCUACAAGACAGUAGCCAACCUAUCUGGAUGUGAGGCCCCAGACUCAGAAGCCCUGAUACGCUGCCUGCGAGCAAAGAGUAAACAAGAGAUCCUGGCUAUUAACCAGGUCUUCAACAUGAUCCCUGGUGUGGUGGAUGGGAAGUUCUUACCUAAACAUCCUCAGGAGCUGUUGGCCUCUGGUGAUUUUCACCCUGUCCCCAGUAUCAUUGGUGUCAACACAGAUGAAUGUGGCUGGGGAGUCCCCACGAUCCUGGGACUUUAUCAUAUCAUAAACAGCAUAACCAGAGAGACCCUUCCAGCUGCUCUGAAGAUCGCAGCAGCACAGAUGAUGCUACCUCCUGAGUGUAUUGACCUGAUAAUGGAAGAGUACAUGGGGGAUACUGAGGACACAGAGACCCUCCAAGCACAGUUCAAAGAGAUGCUGGGGGACUUCAUAUUUGUGAUCCCUGCUCUGCAAGUAGCACAUUUCCAACGUUCCCAGGCUCCUGUCUACUUCUAUGAGUUCCAGCAUCUGCUCAGCUUCAUCAAGCAAGUCAGGCCAUUCUAUCCGAAGGCGGACCAUGGUGAUGACACUGUCUUUGUCUUUGGCUCCUUUUUCUGGGGCAUGACCUUUGACCUCACUGAGGAGGAGGAGCUGCUGAAGAAGAGGGUGAUGAAGUACUGGGCCAACUUUGCAAGAACUGGGAACCCCAACGGUGAAGAUCUACCCUACUGGCCUGUGUUGGACCGUGAUGAGCAGUAUUUGCAGCUGAACACCCAGCCUGCUGUGGGACGAGCCCUAAAGGCCAGAAGGCUGCAGUUCUGGACCAAGACUCUGCCCCAGAAGAUCCAGGAGCUAAAGGGUUCUCAGAGCAAGCAUGCAGAGCUGUAGCAUCCUGUGCCAGGAGUGUGAGGUUGAAAGCAAAUGGGGGUAAUUCUGAGGUUACAAAGUACAUUAUCUACAUUUAUUCAUUCCAACAAAUACAUAAGCAUUUCUCACCUCAGCAUUUGCUCUUUCAGACAUGUAUGAAAAACACUCUGUGUUAUCAUUCUGGGCAAACAUUCAUUAGAGUCAAUAAAAGCUCUCAUAACAGUGUGGAUGUGUGAGCCCAAAAUUACCUCCACAUUCUUUAACCCUUCAAUGAGACUAAGCUCCUCUUUCCUUCCUUCCUUCCUUCCUUCCUUCCUUCCUUCCUUCUCCGUUCCUUCCUUCCUUACUUUCUUUCUUCCAUUAGCUUCUUCCCCAUCUUCACUCUCCUCUUCUCCAAGUCCCAGACCCUCUUCAAAUGAAGCAGAUGCUUCAGGGACUGUUGA